AUGGUUCGAUACGCCGCGACCGAGAUCCAGCCCUCCAAAUCGGCCCGCGCCCGCGGUGCCUACCUGCGAGUUUCCUUCAAGAACACUCGCGAGACCGCCCAGGCCAUCAACGGCUGGAAGCUGCAGCGUGCCGUUGCCUUCCUUGAGAAUGUGCAGGAGCACAAGGAGGCUGUUCCCAUGCGACGAUAUGCCGGCAGCACUGGCCGCUGCGCGCAAGGCAAGCAGUUCGGCGUCUCCAAGGCCCGAUGGCCCGUCAAGUCGGCCCAGUUUCUGCUGGACCUCUUGAAAAAUGCUGAGGCGAAUGCCGAUGCCAAGGGCCUUGACACCGGUGCCCUGAUCGUGAAGCACAUCCAAGUCAACCAGGCCCCCAAGCAGCGCCGCCGAACAUACCGCGCCCACGGUCGAAUCAACCCUUACAUGUCGAACCCCUGCCAUAUCGAGCUGAUCCUGACAGAGGCCGACGAGGUUGUGCAAAAGUCUGAGCAGGUUGCCAACCGUGAAGAGCUCCGCCUGAACUCGAGACAGCGUGGCUCUCGCCUUCGCAAGGCCAUCACGGCCUCGUAA